AUGAAUUCCUAUGACUCGGCCUUUCUGGCCCUAAUAAGUGCUUGCGGUCUAUUGACAUGGCAGCAAUAUAACAAGAAAAAUGAGAUGUCACUAGAUGAUAAGGUUCUAACGCAGCAAAAUGCGGUUACCCCUCGAGCGAAAGCAGAAGCAUCCCAAUUUACGAGGCUAUUUCUUACUGUGUAUAGUUUGGUGAUGGCUUCAGAUUGGCUUCAAGGCCCAUAUGUGUAUAGUUUGUAUAAAGACCAAUUCGGCCUUCAAGAAAGAAUAGUCGGCCUUCUUUUCGUUACAGGUUUUCUCUCUGGUGCUAUCUCAGGCUAUUUCCAUGGCCGCCGAACAGCGUGUCUAAUAUUCUGUGUCACCUAUUCCGUAUCAUGUUUCUCAACACUCGUCCCCAGCUUGCCCGUCCUAUUCUUUGGGCGAGUUUUCGGUGGCUUGAGCACCAGUGUUAUGUACAGUGCUUUCGAGAGCUGGAUGGUGACCGAGUUCCACAAACGCCACAUCGACCAAUCAGGGACGAGUUUAAGCAGUAUGUUCGGGAUCACGACAACUUUGAAUAGCAUUGUUGCUAUUCUGUCGGGCGUGUUCAGCGAAUGGCUCGUGGAAGUUACGCAUACGAAGAGAGCUCCAUUCAUGGCGAGUGCUGGAUUACUGACUAUUGCCUUUUGGAUCAUAUGGGCAUACUGGAUAAAUCCCCCUUUUCCCCCUAUCCUUCCUCUCCUGAUUCUUGAAAACUACGGCAACAGUCACGACGUUGACCCCAACCCAGCAAACAUCACCCCCCAAAGCAUCCUUAAAACAAUCUUGACCGACAAACGCAUCCUAACGCUCGGUCUAGCCAGUUGCUUCUUUGAAGGCAGCAUGUACCUCUUCGUAUUUUUCUGGACGCCUGCCCUAAAAGCGGCCUUUAACCCCUCCACCCUCUCUCUGCCCCUCGGCAUGAUCUUCGCCUCCUUCAUGGCCAGCGUCAUGCUCGGCUCGCUUCUCUUCAACCUGCUCAUCUCCAAAUACCAACUCUUGUCACCCUCCCACCUGCUCACCAUCAUCUUCGCCAUGGCUUCUAGUUCGCUGCUCACGCCGUUGCUGAGUAGGAAUGAGAGUUUGACGUUCUGGAGUUUCUGUGUUUUUGAGCUGUGUGUGGGCAUGUAUUGGCCUAGUGUGGGGUAUUUGAAGGGCAGGUUUGUGGAAGAUGGGGUUCGGGCGCGGGUGUAUGGGAUGUUGAGGAUUCCGUUGAAUAUUUUCGUAGUGGUUGCGCUGGGGGUAAUGAGGGAGGGGGAGGCAUAUAGGAAUGCGGUGUUCUUGGUUUGUAAUGGGUUGUUGGUAGUCACUUCAGGGAUAUUCUAUUUGAUUGUUUGGGAGUGA